AUGCUUUGGUGUCCAAAGUACCAUCCCCUUGUACAAGUCAGGUACUGCCAUAUGCUGAUAAGAUCCCCACAUGUUUCUGCUCGAUCAUUUCACACAAAAUUCCCGAGACAUAAAGUUGACAGUAAUGAACUAAAGAGCACCAAGAAGGUAUGGCCUCGUUUGAUCAGACAAGAGAGAAGACGUGCUUGGAAAUUUGUAAACUGCACAAUACAGAAAGCCCAAAAGGCAUUAGUUCAGCAAGCUACUCAGACUUCAGAUAUAAAUAAUGAUACUGCUGAUUUUGAUAAAACCAAUGAUUUGACAACAAAGAGGCUGACAAUAGGAAGUUUGCUACAAACAGAAUCAUUUAGUAUAUUAAAUCAGCAAGAUUGGCACCAUCUCCUUACCAAAUACCGCAGAUUACAUGGAAGCAGCGCAAAAGUUCCUUUGACUGGGAAAGGAACAAGAUACGACUGCGCAAAACUAUUAUAUUUAUUCAUGAACUCUAAAGAUUUCGAUAUACAUGAUAUUCAAAUUAUGUCACGAGCAGUAGAAAUAUUAAUUAAUCAUCUUUGGUUUCACAAUGCUGCGGCUUUAAUUCUGAAGAUGGACUUACAGCUUGGCGAUUUACUUUCAUUUGUUGACACACUUUUAAAAAAGAAUGAAUUGUUGCACAAUUCGAGUUGGAUGAAAUUCCUUUUUCUCUGCAGACUAUCUGACGUACUUGAGGUGGUCAAUCCCCGAUUGGUUUCACAGAUCAGUUAUUUAAAUUACAAGAAUGGCUACAAUUUGAUAAAAUUAAAAUUUAUGAACCUGAUCUUGCAUAGGCUCAGUACCCUUGAUUUUAGUGUUGGAGAUUUAGAUAUGGCUAUCAAAGAUUUUCACAAUAAUGCGCUUAAUGGUAAAACGGAUCCCGACAUAAGUGCUCUUCAUCUAUAUGCCAUGAUAGAUAUAGUAAAGGCAAAAAACCAGGGAAACUUGAAGGGACAGCUAUCCGGGUUCAAUAAAUUGUUAACGUCAUACUGCACAGGUGAAAGUAUAUUUAAGGAAACAAACUUUUUUAGUUCCAUCCUAAAUCAUCUUAUAGAGGUUAAAAAUUACGAACUUAUUAAACUUGGUUUAAAUAAAGACUUCGAUCUUUAUUAUUUUGUGCUAAAUCGUCAGCAGAAGGUUUUGGAAUUGUUAAGCAGAUAUCCUUUACAAUAUGCUACGCCAAUUGACUUUUUUUCGUUGACACGCUUUGUUAGUAACAGGCGUCUUUCAGUACAAAUCUAUAAAGAAUAUUCGGUCAGUUCGGCAUACAACGACCAAGGCAGCUCUUUUACACCACUAAUUAUAGACAAUCUAGGGAACCGCAUUUUAAAUCAAACGCAAUUCUUUGUUCAAGAAUUUGGAAGAUUAUCCAGAUCAAAAAAAGGGAAAGGACUCAUCAUUGAAUAUAAAGCAUUUGAACGGUUUGACAAUGUGAACGAAGAAGUUGCGGGAAAACACUAUGGUCGUUUUCUUUAUUUGCUAGGAGAAAUAAGCGAUAAGGAUGAGGUUAAAUAUGUGGUUCAGUUCAUAGUGAAAUAUUUUUAUGUGGAUCAUAGAGAAUACUUGAAGCGUCCAAGAAAGCUCCUUAAGAUGCUCCUAAUAUCAUCAAAUGUCGAUACACUGUCUCACAACAGGCAAAAGCAGAUUGGAAAUUCAUUAAUGAGUAAUGCUAAUGAUUUUUUUGAAAAGGACGCAACUCCAGUACGCACCUUAAAGAGUUGGAUCGAUAUAUUAAGCGAGUCUAAAAAGAUAUCCGCAUCAUAUUUUUUACCAUUCUUAUUAAUCUGGCUGCGGAAUUGUCAUCAGCUCAAUGAUAGAUUUGAAUCCUAUGUGCUUGCAGAUAGACUUUCUGAUCUGUUGAACAAAUUCCUAAUUUCAACAAUAAAUUAUUCUUCUACAAAGAAUGUGUCCAAAAUAUAUUUAUCAAAUAGGGAAUUGCUAAAAGCUGUUGCCAUAGAAUUUUCAAAGUGUGAUUACAAGUUCAAGAAAUACAUUCUUAGAAAGCAAAUUGAGAGUAUUGCUAAAGUAAAUGCUGACGAUAACUUGGAUUGCUUCAGCAGGCGUAUUACCGCGGAGUCUGUUAUCUUAGAGCUUUUUAUAAAAAUGCUUUUCAAGAUUCUUCCGAGGAUAAAAAUUGAAAACUCGGAUUUAAACUUAGAUCCAAAACUCUUUUGGGAUAUCCAUGACUUUUUGGACUCAAUAACAUUGAAAUAUCCCCAAAAAUACCCGCCGAUAAAUGCUAUUAAUCCUAUAAAGGCCACAAGUACAGUGGCAAAUCGGACAGUCGGAAAUCCUAAAUUAAACUUUCUGUUAGAUUCACUUUUUGAUUCGAAGGUUUCUCCUCUUGAAGGUAAACCUUCUAAAGAAUUCGAUUGCUCUGAAAAUAAUGAUAUAUAUAGUACCAUGAUGAAUAUGUUUUGGAUUCUGAAUAUUGAUUCGCAUCACUCAGAGACCGGUGAGUCUAACAACAGUGCAGAUAGACUUAUUUCGGAAAGCAAAAACGAUAAAUCUGCGCCAUUCCUAAUUGAUAUUGAUGACGAUGGCCCACGAAGUGGAAACAAAACGCGACUUAGUUUGGAACAAAAGCAAUCCCUUUUAAACAUCUUUUGCACGUUAAGAAUAAAGUCAAAAAUGGUGGAAGAUUUGAUCUCUAGAUAUCCGGAUAGGGUUCCUAGACUGAUAACUUAUUACUAUCAAACUUAUAAUGGUGAUAUUCCAUUAACAUUGAUACAUUCCAUGAUGAUCGGAAUUUUCAAGAGCAAAAAUACUUUUAAUACCAAAUUAGAGCUCUUCAAAAGAUUGGAGAAACUGGGAGCAAUGAUUUAUGAUUCAAAUGAUUCAUCCCUAUUUCAUUGUUACGUUAGGUUCAAAGAUGUACAUAUUGCACUUGUCGAUUUAAUAAUAAAAGAUGCUAAAGUGAGUGGAAAAGGCUCGUUGAUGACUUUAUCUUGGGGAUUAAGAAAAUUUAUAAGAACUCCUAAUAUUUCACAGUAUGGCUCAUCUAUGAAAAGAUGGGUAUUAACUUUAAAAGAAAUGAAAGUCGGACACACAGGAUUCUGGAGCAACGUUUGA